AUGGGAUACCUUACAUUUUGCAGUGUGUGUAAAGUUAAUCCGGUUCAGACUGACAAGCGGACAUUAGAACCUAUCAGUAAAUUUUGCUCCGAAAAUUGUUGGGAAGCAGCGUUUUCCCUGGGAAUGAUUGAUAAUGAUAAAUGUAAUUACUGUGGUAGUUAUCCGAAAUUAGUGCUUGCCAAUGGUAGAAAAGUUGGUUACUGUGGUAUAGCAUGUCGGAAGGAGGCCGAGAAACGAAAGCAUCACAACGGCAGCUACAAAAGUUUACCGUCAAACCAUAAUGAAUCCACCAAUUUCCAAAAUUCAUUAUACCGAACAACAUCAACACAAGGGAGUUCAUCCUCCUCAAAACCUCGCGACCCAAAAUCCUUACUCAAAACACCUUUAAUUCAAUACAAUCAUGAUGGCGAUUCUUCAGGUUCUUUGCAAGUCACCUCCUCUCACAAAUCAUCGAAAAGAAGUUCGACUCUUCCCGUAUCCAUCCAUGAUCCUACCCCAAAUUCUUUGCAUGUCACUUCCCAUCAAUCAUCAAAACGUGGUUCGAUGCUCCCCCCGACCAACAAUCAUCCGCGAUCGCCCACUCCGAACUCUCUGCAGGUCGCUCAUUCUCAUCAGCCACUAAAACGCGGUUCGAUGCUACCCGCGUCCAACAACGAUUCGCGAUCACCAACUCCAAACUCUUUGCAAGUUGUCCAUUCUCAUCAUCAAUCAUCAAAACGAAGUUCAACGCUACCUGCGUCCAACAAUUACUCACGGUCCCCUACCCCCAAUUCCCUGGAGACCAUUGAUUCUCAGCAAUUAUCAAAGAGGAGUUCAACGCUUCCUGCGGCCAAUCACAAAUCACAAUCACCCACUCUAAGCCCUAAGCGAAGCUCGACGCUUCCCACCUCCGACAAAGAUUCACGGUCAAAUUCCCUGCAGAUCGCACAUCCCCAUCAAACAUCAAAAAGAAAUUCAACACAUCCCGAUAAUCCGAGAUCACCCACCCUAGAUUCUGAUUCUUUACAAGUCGCACAUUCACACCAAUCACCUUCACGAUCGCUCACUCCGACCCCAACCAAUUCCUCCUCAUACUCGCGUCCAAGUACGCCCAUAAAACUGAAAUCGCGGGAAAAUAAUAGUAAAAUUAGUAAUAACAGUAAUAGCGAACAUGAUAGUAUCAUCGAUCGCGGUGCUAACCAUUCUAGCAAGCGCACGGUCAUUCUGCCUCCUUUACUCUCGUUCACCCCAACACCGACACCUCAGGAUACCCAUGACUAUAACUCUCACGACUCCCAUGGUCUUUCUUCUAAGCGAUCAAAGAAUGCACUGUAUCGGGCCUCUCAACAGAGUUCUCUGCCAAAAAACCACGAUAGUAAUAAUGGCACAAAUCGACAUCAAAAAUCCCAUGCGGUCCCGCUAAUUAGCUUAGUGCCUCCGCCUGUUAGUGUUGGUCGUGCUAGCUGGAACGACUACGCUCACAAAAGAAGCUAG